AUGCCUGCGGUUCCGUUUAAAGUCAAGGCGAUCUUUGAAUAUAGAUCAGACGAGCCCGAUGAUCUUAACUUUGACAAUGGCCAGAUAAUCACAGUUACAGAAGAGGAGGAUGCGGAUUGGUAUACAGGGGAAUAUGUGGAUGCCUCCGGGGAGAAGCUUCAAGGCCUGUUCCCAAGGAAUUUUGUCGAGAAAUACGAACCGACAGUUCCCUCGCGCCCGGUGCGUGCUCCGAGGCGUGCACAGGUUUCAGAGCCUUCCGAGCGUGUCCCAGAGCCUCCAGCGCCUCAACCACUCCCUCCGCCAGUAGAGACAUCCGAAACUGCGCACGAGGAAGAGAAAGGGUCAAUAAGGGAAGCAGCGGAAACGGCGAGAGCAGAGCCUGAGGCUCCUCCGCCAGCCCCGAAGCCUCAGCCCGUUGCUCCCACCGCCUCUACCACUGUCCCAACUUCCCCUUCCGCCGCCGCUGCCCGUGCCCCUCCGCCUGUCGCAGAAAAGCCAUCUUCUAGUUCUUUCAAAGACAGGAUUGCUGCCUUCAACAAACCUGCUGCUGCGCCAAUCGCUCCUUUCAACCCCGGGGGUGGUGGACCAAGCAGCGGUUUCAUCAGAAAGCCAUUUGUGGCACCUCCACCCAGCAGGAAUGCAUUUGUUCCCCCACCAGCCCGAGAACCUCCCAUUCAAAAGCAGUACCGGCGUGAGGACGACGCGAGUGUAAAUGGAGCAGAACCCAGAGAUCCAGCGGAAUAUACCGCUACACAACCAGAGCCUGAGGCGGAAGAUCAACCGAAGCCCCAAUCUCUCAAAGAAAGAAUAGCACUUCUGCAAAAGCAACAGCUGGAGCAAGCAGCGCGGAAUGCCGAGAAGAAGGAAAAGCCCAAGAAACCGCCCAAGAAGAGGGUCGACACUGCUGAGCCUGGGGAACAGACCCAGCCACCUGAGCCGACUCUGGCGAGGCUAGAUUCGAAUGAAACUGUAGGCCGCCCAUCUGCCGAGGUGGCUGAAGGCGAUCACGACACCAUGGGUCUUUUGCGCCGCACGACAGGCCUCAGCACGCCACAGCCAGCUUCUCGCGAGCUCGUCAGCGACACGAAUGAUGCCGAUGACUCGGGGGCCGCGGAUGACGAUGAUGUUCAGGAGACAUCCACCGAAGAAGAGCGCCCAAAGUCCAAAGGCACAGACAUACCAAAUCCAGUAGCUGUUCCCAGGAAAUCUAUAGAUGACGACCGAGAGCAACAGGGUGAAGCGGAGGAAGAAGAAGAAGAGGAGGAGGAGGAGGAUGAGGAAGAUGCAGAGAUCCGCCGGAGAAGAGAGCUUAGGGACAGAAUGGCUAAAAUGAGUGGAGGUAUGGGCAUGAUGGGCAUGUUCGGCCCUCCAGGCGGGAUUGGACUACCUGGUGCUACAAGAAAGCCAAAAUCAGAACCAUCUCGACAAGCUUCUGAGAGCCAUCCACAGGAAGAGCCUCAAGAACGAGCAGCUCCAGUCCGAAUCAUGGCCUUGCCAGGAAUGUCUCCAUCAAUCCCCAAGCGGCAAGAGGAGCCUCUGGCUUCGACAGAAAGUGACGAAGACGAGACUGCACGCCCGACACCCCAAGAACCUGGUGUUCACGGAGAAACCGAAGACUACGUCUCGAAACCCUUACAACGUCGUUCGACAGACCGCUCCGCGCCGCCGGUGCCACAAGACCGCGUCGUUCCUCCUCCACCAGUACGUGACUUUAGGGGUGCUCCUCCACCGCCGCCAUCAGGCCCAAGGGCAGCUCCUCCAGUUCCCCAGUCACCUACCUCUCGGUCCAUACCUGCCCCUCCUCCAUCAUUGCCCCAAGCGUCUUCAGAAACUCCCGGUUAUGAGGAAGAGGAUGAAAUCAACGAAUCUCCUGAAGAAGACACUCAGGAAGCACUAGAGACUCCAGCUGGCGCGCCACCCCUUCCUCCGAUGCCACCAACUAGGCCACCUGGGCAUUCUACCUUGGACACUGCCGAGGCCUCGAUGUCUCCAACCACCGACAAACGCGCUUCACGCCCUCCUCCCCCUAUUCCCAUGAGCCCGACCUCUCCACAGACCAGAGCUCCCCCGCCUCCUCCACCAGGAGCUCCCCCGAGUCGCCGUUCAACAACUGAUUCGCGAGGUUUCGGCACUGUGCAUUCUCCUAAGCCUGACGUUGACGACGAAGAGGAAGUUACUGAAUAUGACGGAGAUUACGAUACGGACAUUGCUUCAAGUGCAAAGCACAAAGAUGCGCUCAAGGCUCAUAAUCGCGACUCAAGCCUCGACGAGGGCGCCCUCACGGACGACAUGAAAUCCCCAAAACACGCUCCCACACGAGCUGCUCCUCCGCUGCCUCCAGUCGGUGUUCCGCGAGACAUGCCACCCGCGCCUCCGUCUUUACCAACGCCUAAAAGUAGAAGAUCUAUGGAUGCCCCACGAGCGGCCCCCCCACCCAUUCCGCCACCAAAGGUCGGUGAUGAUGAUGAAUAUGAUCCGUAUCGAUAUUCUGCACCUCAACACCCUCCGCCAUCUCUUCAUACCAAACCACCAUAUUCUACAUCAUUGCAGUCGCCAAGGGAGGAGCUCGAGGAAGAUGAUAUGUACAGUGCAAUGCCACAACCAUCGACUAUACCGCCUCCACCCACAGAGAGGCCGGCACCUCCACCACCGCUGCCAGAACCGGCGGAGUAUAUUGCGCCUCCCACUCUCGCGCCUCCUCCACCGACAGAUUCCGCUGAACAGGGUACCGACCUCCGAAGGUCCGGUACUCUUUCCCGCCGUUCAAUGGACCACUCUCGAGGAAGCAGUGAACAGGGGUAUAUCGCUCAAGAUAUCGACCUCGGAAAGGGCUCAAUGUGGUGGACAAAAGACAAUACACCACCUCCUUCACUGCAAGGGAGACCUGAUAUUCUGUUCGAAAUGGAGACAGGCUCCUCUAGCAAACGUGGAGGGAGGACCACCAUCUCGAAGGAUAUUUAUGUGCUUUACAUGGACUAUUCCCAGACUACCGUCAAUGUGAGCUACGAUGCGGCGGACCCAACCCAUGUGACACUAGAACAGAACCACGGGCGACCACCCCCUGCACCUCGGCGUGACCAACUGGAAAAUGCGUCUGUUCAAUAUGGCAGUCAGAUAGCGAGAGUGGCUAGCGGACUUUCUGGAACAACUGUCGGCGAUGGCUCCGCGCGAAGCUUCGUCCUCGAACUCUUAAAGCCCCAUCCAACAGCACUCCUACCGGUUGGCACGAGAGCAUAUGGUGCUCUCGUCUACUCAAACUUGGGCAACGCAUCCACACAACAAUUCGACGAAAUCCGGCCGGGUGACAUAGUCACAUUCCGCAAUGCCAAGUUCUCGGGCCACAAGGGGGGCCUGCACCAAAAAUACAGCGUCGAUGUAGGGAAACCCGAGCACGUAGCUGUGGUCAUCGAUUGGGAUGGCACCAAGAAGAAAAUCCGCGCGUGGGAGCAAGGGAGAGAUUUGGAAAAGGGCAAAAAGCCGAAGGUGAGAGAGGAGAGUUUCAAGGUCGGAGACCUGAAGAGCGGAGAGGUCAUGGUUUGGAGGGUCAUGCCGAGGACUUGGGUGAAUUGGGAUACUACCAAGUCGUGA